AUAUAAUAUGUGUUAUAAUUACGCAAUGACACAUAAUGAAGAUAUUAUUGUUGGGAAACUUCAAAAUGACCCUGGAUAAAUUUUAAAUCUGCAUAAGUUUCAAAUCUAAUGAGAUCUGAGACGAGACUGCGCUAUUACUUUUCUUACCCGUUACGUCGACCUAAAAUUUGCCAUGAAGCAGACACGAGACGCGAACUUCGAAUGUUUUCGGAAUCUGACAACAUUCGUCGACGAAGCUUAGAUGUCUGCGACAAUGAGAAGUGUCAAUUAUCCUCCGAAAAGUCGCAGAUCCGAUUAUAAACGAGAUGAGCAACAAGAGAUGCUGGUCGCGCCACCGUUGGAUUUAUCGUAUAGGAAAGCUACUACUAUGAAUGACCUGAUGGAGAAACAAUAUGCACAAACAGUACGCACCAGAAAAGCACCAACAAAAACCAUGAAGGACCGUUAUGUAACCAGCACAUUGUGGUUGAGCAACAAUUUGCUUAACUCUAUGGAAGGUUUACAGCUUCUUGCAAACAAAGUUCUCGACUAUCCUAAGCACCUCAGCUGGCUGGAUUUAUCUUUCAAUGAGAUAGACGAAAUCGGCAAGGAUAUCGAGCAGUUUCCAAACUUGAAGAUUCUCUACUUACAUGGCAAUAAGAUCUCAAAUAUCACGGAUGUUUUGAGACUGAAGAAGCUGUUGAAUCUUAGAUCCUUGACAUUACAUGGUAAUCCAGUCGAAGAUAUUCCUUGCUACAGAAAUUACGUCGUACAUCUUUUGCCACAGCUGCAAGUCUUCAAUUUUUCACCAGUGAUCGCCACUGAGAAGAAGAAGGCAUUACCUGUCGGAUUUGCUAAAAUGAUACGACCUGAGUUACGAAUAUAAAAUUUUAUUCUCAUGUUGCAUACUUUUGUGACAUACACUUCUUGAUCUUUUUUCAUUUUGUUUUUGUAUUUUUAUUGUAACAUUGUACCACGUCUCUUGAGAUAUAAGUCGAUUUCGCAAAACUGAAACAUUCGACGAGUUAACUUUUCUCUUAAAAAUACAAUGAACAUCUGUUUGUGAAAAUCCCCAACUUAAUUUUUAAAGUUGCAAAUGAUGUGAAGUACGCAGCACCUUGUUACGUUCAUAGAUUUGUGAU